AUGAAAGACGCCCGUGAGUUGUUCCCGUGGAAGGACGACCAGAGAAUACUGGCAGGAUCACUGUGGUUUGCUUUGGACGACGGCGAUCGAGGGGUGCAGAUGGCGGCAUUGCUAGACUCGCUGAGUUCAUUCAUACUUACAGGGACCCGCGGCUUAAUCUAUAGCAGCGGUCUGAUACAUUUUCUUGCUGUGUUAGGCAUAGACCCCGAGAUAAGACGGUUCCGGACUGCGAAGAAUUACUCAUAUAUGCUAGCAGGUGUGGUGUACUGCACACGAGUGCUUGGGGCAGCCAAACUACUUCCCGCA